GCCCCGGGGCCGCUUGCUUCCUGUUUGUCGGACGAGGAGACAUGGCGGCGGCGCCGGCGGCUGCUGGGUCUGGGGUCGGCCGAGGGCGACGGGCGGCGGCAACUGUGGCGGCUUGGGGCGGAUGGGGCGGCCGGCCGCGGCCUGGUAACAUUCUGCUGCAGCUGCGGCAGGGCCAGCUGACCGGCCGGGGCCUGGUCCGGGCCGUGCAGUUCACUGAAACUUUUUUGACGGAGAGGGACAAACAGUCCAAAUGGAGUGGAAUUCCUCAGCUGCUCCUUAAGCUGUAUGCAACCAGCCACCUCCACAGUGACUUCAUUGAGUGCCAGAACAUCCUCAAGGAAAUUUCUCCUCUUCUCUCCAUGGAGGCUAUGGCAUUUGUUACUGAAGAGAGGAAACUUACCCAAGAAACCACUUAUCCAAAUACUUAUAUUUUUGAUUUGUUUGGAGGUGUUGAUCUCCUUGUAGAAAUUCUUAUGAGGCCUACAAUCUCUAUUCGGGGACAGAAACUGAAAAUAAGUGAUGAAAUGUCCAAGGACUGUUUGAGCAUCUUGUAUAAUACCUGUGUCUGUACGGAAGGGGUUACAAAGCGUCUGGCAGAAAAGAAUGACUUUGUGAUCUUCCUGUUUACACUGAUGACGAGUAAGAAGACAUUCUUACAAACAGCAACCCUCAUUGAAGAUAUUUUGGGUGUUAAAAAGGAAAUGAUCCGACUAGAUGAAGUCCCCAAUCUGAGUUCCUUAGUAUCCAAUUUCGAUCAGCAGCAGCUUGCUAAUUUCUGCCGGAUUCUGGCUGUCACCAUUUCAGAGAUGGAUACAGGGAAUGAUGACAAACAUACGCUUCUGGCCAAAAAUGCUCAGCAGAAGAAGAGCUUGAGCUUGGGGCCUUCUGCAGCUGAAAUCAACCAAGCGGCCCUUCUCAGCAUCCCUGGCUUUGUCGAGCGACUUUGCAAGCUGGCAACUCGAAAGGUGUCAGAGUCAACGGGCACAGCCAGCUUCCUUCAGGAGUUGGAGGAGUGGUACACCUGGCUAGACAAUGCUUUGGUGCUAGAUGCCCUGAUGCGAGUGGCUAAUGAGGAAUCUGAGCACAAUCAAGCCUCCAUUGUGCUCCCUCCUCCAGGGGCUUCGGAGGAAAAUGGCCUGCCUCACACUUCACCUAGGACCCAGCUGCCUCAGUCAAUGAAGAUCAUGCAUGAGAUCAUGUACAAACUGGAAGUGCUCUAUGUCCUCUGCGUGUUGCUGAUGGGGCGCCAGCGAAACCAGGUUCACAGAAUGAUUGCGGAGUUCAAGCUGAUCCCCGGGCUGAAUAAUUUGUUUGACAAACUGAUUUGGAGGAAGCAUUCAGCAUCUGCCCUUGUCCUCCACGGUCACAACCAGAACUGUGACUGUAGCCCGGACAUCACCUUGAAGAUUCAGUUUUUGAGGCUUCUCCAGAGUUUCAGCGACCACCAUGAGAACAAGUAUCUACUGCUCAACAACCAAGAGCUGAAUGAACUCAGCGCCAUCUCUCUCAAGGCCAACAUCCCCGAGGUGGAAGCCGUCCUCAACACUGACAGGAGUUUGGUGUGUGAUGGGAAGAGGGGCUUAUUAACUCGUCUGCUGCAGGUUAUGAAGAAGGAGCCAGCUGAGUCAUCUUUCAGGUUUUGGCAAGCCCGGGCUGUGGAGAGUUUCCUCCGAGGGACCACCUCCUAUGCAGACCAGAUGUUCCUGCUGAAGCGAGGCCUUCUGGAGCACAUCCUCUACUGCAUUGUGGACAGUGAGUGCAAGUCGCGGGAUGUGCUCCAGAGUUACUUUGACCUCCUGGGGGAGCUGAUGAAGUUUAAUGUUGAUGCAUUCAAGAGAUUCAAUAAAUACAUCAACACGGAUGCAAAGGCCUUGGCCGUCUCCAGCCGAGAGCCCACCACCCCCGUCAGCCCAGCCUCCGCUCCAGUUCCAGGUGUUCCUGAAGCAGAUCAACAGCUCGCUGGUGGACUCCAACAUGCUGGUGCGCUGCGUCACUCUGUCACUGGACCGAUUCGAAAACCAGGUGGACAUGAAAGUCGCAGAGGUCCUGUCCGAGUGCCGCCUGCUUGCCUACAUAUCCCAGGUGCCCACACAGAUGUCCUUCCUCUUCCGCCUCAUCAAUAUCAUCCACGUGCAGACGCUGACCCAGGAGAAUGUCAGCUGCCUGAACACCAGCCUGGUGAUCCUGAUGCUGGCCCGACGGAAAGAGCGGCUGCCCCUGUACCUGCGGCUGCUGCAGCGGAUGGAGCACAGCAAGAAGUACCCUGGCUUCCUGCUCAACAACUUCCACAACCUGCUGCGCUUCUGGCAGCAGCAUUACCUACACAAGGACAAGGACAGCACCUGCCUGGAGAACAGCUCCUGCAUCAGCUUCUCAUACUGGAAAGAGACCGUGUCCAUCCUGUUGAACCCGGACCGCCAGUCACCCUCUGCCCUUGUCAGCUACAUCGAGGAGCCCUACAUGGACAUAGACAGGGACUUCACCGAGGAGUGAUCUUGGGCCAGGCCUCGGGAGGCUGCUGGGCCUGGGCCAGUGCGGGUGAGCGUGGGUACGUGUGCCUCACGCCCUGCCCUGUCCCGUCCCGUCCCCCCACCCCGCCUCCCUGCUGCUCUCCGCCUGCCCCAGGUCUUCAGGUACAGGCUUGGUGGGAGGGAGCGACUAGAAGCCCUUGGCCCCUGGGUCUGAGGGCCCCGGGUCAUUGGGGAGCCUCAGUUCCCUCAAGAUCUCCAUGACGAGGACAGGGACACUGUGCCCACCCUUCCUUCAGAACCCUGGGGUCCCGGCCACCCAGAGGUAAGGGGACUUUUAAAAAUAGCUCUGUCUGAGCUCCUGCCCGGUCUCUUGGCUGUCAGUCCUGGGGUGGGGAGGGAGAUAUGGGCACCCUCCCCCAAUCUGUGAGCCAAGCUUGCCCUGGCCUUUGGACCCAGGCAAAGGCUUCUGAGCCCUUGGGCAGGGAUGGGGGACACCAGAGAACGCUACCUUCCCCCAAGCCUGCCCAUCUGUCCCUCCCUUCCUCCCUCGUUUUCCUUUAGCUCCUCUGGUUCUGUUUGCUCAUUGGCCGCUGUGUUCAUGGGUUCCCCCAGAAGUGGGAGGGGCCUUCUCUUUCCAACCCUUGGAGCACAGGGAGGCUGUGCCCGGGUCCCCCGCUCCAGGGCAGCGUCUCCUGCCUGAGCCCACCCCGCGCAGGAGCCUGCCUGGGAGCAUACCCUCGGCCCCUCCGUGUGUUGCCAAUUUAUUAACAACAAAUAAACCAAUUAAAUGGAGACUAUUAAAGAAUUUAUUUUAAAUGAC